ACCUCAGUCACGUGCAGAAGACAUUUUACGACAGUGAAAUUGAUUUUACUCGUUGCUUUGUUUUUAUAAUCGUAUUUACCGGGGUUUUUCUGUAUCGUCUUAAUCUGAGUACAUUUUUUUAAACGGUUAAAAUGAGCAGUUAAACGACAAACAACCGUAAUUAAGUAUCGGGCUCUAAUAUGUGUGGAUAAAAUAGUAGCAAGAUAUGAGUUACAGAAUUUAAAUUCAUUUGAUGGCAGGAGUGAAACAACAAACGGGUUGUUUGUUGUGUGACGUAGUGUACGUCACGGCCUCUAGAGGGCGCUAGCAAGUACAGAGGGCUCCAAAAGAUUAACAAUACUGACUCGCAUUUGAAUGAAAAAAGUGCUCCUUGGUGACGUUGUUGCUACCGAAAAUUCCCAGAGACGCCUGUUGCACGUCGUUGUCGCCAGGGCAAGCGGGGUAGUGCCACUCACACAGGCUACCACGGUUAAGAGAAAGGAAGCAAAAUGUACUAAGUCUGCUUUUCAAUCGUAAAGAACGGGUCAUGAGUCCAUUUUACGAAGUCUCGCUCGUCCUCCCUACAGGUUAAGUGACAGUCGAGAAUGGAAGGCAACUCACUACCAGGAGUGUCCUCGAGGAUCAGGAGACAGAAAAGCAAGAAAUCUGCCCAAACUACAGAUAAAUCAACACGGAGUCUCUCAAAGGAAGAUAUCGCAAAGUUCAUCAACAGUCGGAAGCAGAACAUCUGCGUCGGCCUGCUUCAACAUGGCUUCCACAGGUCCUUCUCCGAGCUGUUCUUGCUGCUGCGCUUGGAUCAGGAGCGCAGGGAGGCGGCAGAGAUCAACUCGGCUCUCAGUCUUCAGACACCGCUGGAGGAGCAGCAUGAUAAAAUAAAGAGCAUCGGUUUGCACUUGAGCCGCGCCGAGCAGGCCCAACGGGACGGUCGCUGGCCGGCGGCGUACGAGCAGCGACUCCAUUUGGGCGCCUACUUCACGGCGGAGUUGGAGGACCUGUGGCUCAGCUUGCACUUCUACCACACGUGCACCGACGCGAAGGAGGACGGAUGCAUGAGGCACGCCACCGAAGGACGGGCCUGCUUGGCCGAGCUCUACCUACAGCAAGGUCAGCUGGACAAAGCGAGGCAGCAGGCCGAGCUGUGCGUGCGGAUGGCCGACGAAGGCGCUUGGCUGGACUCGUCCGGCCGCCCGCUGCCGCGCCGAUCCCGCGAGAGCCUGUGGGCCAUAUACAGCCGCCAGGCGGAUGCUCGCAUCAAGGCCGGCGAUCCCGACGAGGCUCUCAAGCUCCUCCACAGAGGCUACACCACCGCUACCGAGUGUGAGUCGGCCGCCGCGGCACACUCUUGCCAUCAUCCCGGUUGUAAAACGAAACCUUUUGCAGCUGAAAACAAACACAUUGAAGGGGAAGCUGCCUAUCAGCUUGGACUCGCCUACUACAGUGUCGGCGACUUUGACACAUCCGAACAGUACCUCAACACCUCCAUGGAAAUCUGCAGCACCACUGAGGAUUUUGACGGCCUGGGAAAAGCCUACAAGGCCGUGGCCAAGUUAUGUGAAAGCAAGGGAAACAUCAACACCACCAUUCAGCUUUUGGAGACUUUAGUUGACAUGUCCAGGAGCAAAAGCCUACAUCACCACCUGGUCGACGCAUGCCUAUGUCUUGGCAAUGUCUACACCAACAGGAGGCAGUAUGACCGAGCUCGCGAGAGCUUGCUACAAGGUUACAACGUGGCCUGUGACAUUGGGGAUGUGAGUUUGGUGCAGAAGGCUCAGGUGUCACUGGCCAGUGCUCACACCCGUUGCAUUGUGGAGAAGUACAGUGCGGACGUGGAGUCCACCGCAUCGGCCGCCCUGUCACGUCUUCUGGCCUGGAAAGUGUCAAGAGGACUCCAUGAGGCCAGUGACAAUGCUGGAGUGUGUGACUAUUAGGCCUGGUCUACAUGUAGCUGGGCUUUUUAAAAACUGAAUAUUUGUCACUCACUGUGUUGGAAAAAAAUUCGGUCCACACUGGCUCGUUUGUUAAAAAAAAAUAACGCAUCCACAUCACCACCUUCGUAUGUGGGUGUUUCAGCACAUUUACAAUGAUGUUUUUAAAGGAUGUCAAGACGACGCUUCAUAAUGCACCACACAUUUCCAAUGGGAGGUAGGUCUGGACUGCCACGGCCCAGUCUACUACCAGCACUCUUUUUCUAUGAGGCCACGCUGUUGAAACACAUGCUGAAUAUUGUUUGGCACUGACUUGCUGAAAUAGGCAGGGGUAUCCAUCGAAAAUAUGUUGACUAAGUGUAGACAAUACCUAAGACACAUCAAGGACUAGUACCUUGACUUGUCCCAAGUUACUUGUUGAUUUUUACUUUUCGUAGCAAGUCACGGGUUGCAGGAUUGUGUGGAUGUCUGCAUGUAUGUCGCUAAUACUACUUUCGUUUUAAGCAUAUUAUUACAUUCUUGACUCAGUGAAACGUACCCUCCUUUUAAAAAUAUGUAUGUAACAAAUAACACUCUUGUUGGUCUGUCAUUGAGAAGCUUGCAGUUGUCCAAUUACUCAUUAACGAAGCAAAAUAAAUCAAAGCAAUUUUA